GGGUACGGAUUUUGUCUUUGGUGAGUAUUCUUCUGCGCUAUAUCACCUUCAGCUUCCAGGAAUUGAAUUAGAAGGGUCUGAGAAUGAAUGUGGAAAAAUCUCUAUUCAAAACACUUUUGGAUUCAGUCGUCAGCCUACACGUCAAUCCGAUGAAGCAAAUAUUUAUAGAACAAGAAGAAGAAAAAGGAACACACAGCAGAAGACCACCCUGUGGGGUUAAAGAUGGUCGGCAAUCAACUUUGUUGUUGAUUUUCCUUGUGUUCAUACUUGCUUCCGAAAGGGAAGUCUUUUUCAACAUUUUCAAAGGAAUUAAAUCUAUAUAAAGCUGUCUCCCCCGUUCCAUUUUUUUAAGUGCGAAGGUCUCUUUGGUAGAUACAACUAGCUAUACAUUAACAAGUUAAGAUGGCAAAGCUACCAACUCAACUCUUGGCUUGCAUUUUCUCCAUUGUUCUUGUCUUGCAAUAUUCAUGCCCUGCAACAUCUCAAGAAGUCGAGGAUGAAAGUGAGUUUGAUUAUAAUGAAAAUAGUCCAAGAGGGCCUGCAAGAUGGGGAGAGAUUCAUCCAGAAUGGAGUGCAUGUAGCAAUGGAUCAAUGCAAUCUCCUAUUGAUAUGUCGAAUGAGAGAGUUAAUAUUGUUUCCCAUCUCGGGAGGCUUAAGAGAAGCUACAAGCCAUCCAAUGCCACUCUAAAAAAUAGAGGCCAUGAUAUGAUGUUGAGAUGGGACGGUGAUGCAGGAGCCAUAGAGAUCAAUGGUACUGAGUAUGCACUCAAACAGUGCCAUUGGCACUCACCUUCCGAGCACACCAUCAAUGGCAGAAGGUAUGAUUUGGAGGUGCACUUGGUUCAUGAAAGUGCGGACGGCAAGGUUGCUGUGAUAGGGAUCAUGUACAAGAUUGGCAGACCAGAUUCUUUCCUCUCAUCGUUGCUGGAUCAUUUAGCAAGCAUUACUGAUAUCACAGAAGGAGAGAGCGUGGCGGGUGUGAUCGAUCCAAGGCACAUAAAAAUUGGCAGUAGGAAGUAUUACAGAUACAUUGGCUCUCUUACUGUUCCUCCUUGUGAUGAAAAUGUGGUGUGGAGCAUUGUCAGAAAGGUGAGGACUGUGACCAGGGAGCAAGUGAGAUUGCUUCGUGUGGCCGUUCAUGAUGCUUCAGAUACUAAUGCAAGACCACUGCAACCGAUAAACAAGCGCUCAGUUCAACUCUUUAGGCCAGAUGAUGAAGAAGAGAAUUGAAGUCUAUAAAUAAUACCAUAGAUGAAAUAAAUAUAUUUAUGAUUGCCACCAUCCUUCCUCCUGCAAUCCAUGCCAGUUCAAUUUUUGAAGGAAUUAUGCAGAUAGUUAGGGAUGAAUCCGAGUUUAAUUAGGUAAUCAGUAGAUAAAUAGUCAUUCAUGCACACUUUCAUUAGUUUUUUAUAGACAUAUAAUUAUUUUUUCAAAUUUUGUAUUUUUUUUUAAUUUAUUUAUUUUUAUUUGUAUCGUCAUAUUGAAUGUAUCGAGAAUUUUUAUUAUAAUACGUUGAACAUUUUAUAUAUUACA